UCAUUAUUAGCCAAUAGAUUCAUGUGGACAUGUGUUUAAAGGCAGUGCUGUUUAGAGAUCUGCUUAUCUUUGCAGGUUACAAUGGAUCGAGGAGUAUUGAGAGUGAUUUUGCUGGCCGCUUUUCUCAUUUUCUCAACUUCAGAUCCUGUUAAGAAGGAACAAAAAGUGGAUAUUUACAGUUUCUACAUUAACUCUACUGUGACCAGUCGAUACGCCACCACAGUCAUCACAAGCUGUGUGGCAAACAGACUUAAUGAAUCUCAGGAGAUUUUCUUUGAAGUGAAGAUACCCAAGAAUACCUUCAUCAGCAAAUUCAGAAUCAUCAUAGAUGGAAAGAGCUAUGAUGGAGUUGUGAAGGAGAAACCUCAGAAGCAUUACAUUCAAGCAGUUUCACAAAGACCAAGUGCUGAAAUCAUCAAGUCUGUUGGAAGGACAUUAGAAGAUCAUAAAACAUCAGUGAAAGUGGCCGCUGGCGGUAAAGUCACAUUUGAGUUGACUUAUGAGGAACUGCUAAAGCGUCGCCUUGGCAAAUAUGAGCUGCUCAUCAAUGCACAACCAAUGCAGACGGUGGCAGAUUUCAAGAUUAAUGUACACAUCCAUGAGAAACCAGGAAUUUCCUUCUUGGAAGUGAAAGGAGAUCUGAGCACCGAUGAUCUGGCCAAUGCCAUCAAAACCACCAGAGCUGACAAAGAUGCAUGGGUGACCUUCUUCCCCACUAAAAAUCAGCAGACCAAUUGCAAAAACUGUGAUAAAAAUGGGUUGAAAGGAUACCUGCUCAUUACAUAUGAUGUUGAAAGACAAAAUCAUAUUGGUGAAAUGACAGUAUCAAACGGGUAUUUUGUCCACAACUUUGCACCCUCAGGUCUUCCACGCAUUUCCAAAAAUGUGGUGUUUAUUAUUGACCGAAGUGCCUCUAUGGGCGGCAAAAAAAUGUGGCAGACACGUUUGGCACUGCUAAGGAUUUUGAGCGAUCUUGCUGAGGACGAUCACUUUGGAUUGAUCACCUUUGACCAUCGAAUUGAACUCUGGAAGCGUGAACUCCUUAAAGCUACUAAGGCAAACCUGGAUGAUGCAAAAUCUUUCGUGAAGAACAUUGAGGACCGCGGAUCCACAGACAUAAACGCUGCAGUGCUGGAAGGAGUAAAGAUGAUCAAUCGGCACCCACAAGAGGGAACGGCCUCGAUCUUAAUUCUACUGACUGAUGGAGAUCCCACAACAGGUGAAACAUAUUUAACAAGAAUUCUGUCUAAUGUGAGAAAGGCCAUUGGGUCAAAGUUUCCCCUCUAUUGUCUUGGUUUCGGAUAUGAUGUGAGUUUUGAUUUCCUAACACAAAUGUCACUGGAAAAUAAUGGAGUUGCUCGCAGAAUAUAUGAGGAUUCUGAUGCCGAUCUACAGCUGCAGGGCUUUUAUGAUGAAGUUGCCAUCCCACUCCUAACUGAUAUUCAACUUAACUACAUAGGAGUCUCAGAUCUUACCCAGAACAAUUUUACCUUGUACUUCAAUGGCUCUGAAAUUGUGGUAUCCGGUAAAAUUACAGACAACAAUGUGGAGAGCAUCAGCACUGAUUUCAUUGCAAUAUCAAAAGGCAAUAAGGUGACGUACCAUGAUGCUGUAAUAACAAAAGAUGUAACUGAUGUCCUACCUAAAGAUUUUAUGGAAAGACUGUGGGCCUACCUUACAGUGAAACAACUUCUGGACAAACAUCCAGUACAAGAGGCUGUAAAGAAAGAAGCUCUCAAACUUUCACUCAAAUAUCAGUUUGUUACACCUCUCACAUCUAUGUUUGUUACCAAGCCACAGAAAGUAGGGAGCCAUAAGAUACAUUCAGAAGCACCACAUUUAACAUGUGAGAUGCUUUGGUUGACACCUAGUGACUGUGAUGAAGGGAUAACUUUAGAUUUCCCGAUGAGGCCAGUCAGCCAUGAUGACUAUGAUUUUCAGAUCAAAAGGCCUGUGUUUUAUGCUUCGUUUUAUUUGGCAGCUGGAGAAAACAGUAAUCGUUUUUUGCUGGCUGCUGAUGGUCAGUCUAAACCACUUUGUUUUGAUGUUCUUCUUCAUCACAAACUCAGACUGUUGGAGGAUUCCUCUAGAGAGUUUUAUAUGAAUGGAGAAUCCCAGACAACUAAAACAGGAUUUUCUAAAAUUGCCUUUCAUUAUAAAAAGACCCAUAAUCUCACAAUAACCACAAACUCCAUCAGUUACCGUAAUGACCAAGACAAUGUUGACUUACUGUGGGGCCAAAACUUUGCCCUAUCUUACACUGAUGGUGUGGAUCUGAUCAUAACGCACAAUAAAAUCAACGUUAGCAUGGGGGAUUUCAGUGUCUCCGUUCUUCUUCAUAAGAAUGAUGGGGGGGUGUAUCUGUGGCCUGCUGUUCAACAAUAUCCACAAGAUGGCAGCCCAACAGGCAUUUUUGGCAAAUACAAUAUUUCAUAUGAAAAGGCUCAUGAAUUCAACAAUCCAACUCUAAAGAUUAUGGACAAGAAUGUGAAUGUAAGAUGGGUCUAUCUGAAAGACUCCACAAAGCAUUCAACUCCUAAUGUCCAUUGUUGGCUUGUGUCGUUCGAUGAUGUGAUGAACAGAAACAUUUCUGAUUUUAUUGUUACUCAGAUAUAGAGUUCAAAGCACAAAAAAAGUGUCAUCUGAUAUAUUUUGAUGGUUCAUUUAUUCUUUCAAGUAAAUGCUUAAGUGGUUGAAUCACCAAAUUUAAUAAAGCACAUUACAAGUGACAUACAA